CAGCUGAUUAAAAUAGUAAACAAACAGCUGUCAAAUUUCGUGGAUGUGUGAUUUUUUAGUUGUUUAGGUAUAUAAGUAUUAUUAAAAAUUAUAUAAAAUACCGACAUAUUUUUUAACAAAAGAAAAUUAUAUAAUGACAUCCUCAAGAGUGAUACGGGGCACAAAGGCAAAAAUUUUCCUCUAUGUGUGCGCUGUGAUAGCCAUAACUGGGUUAAUUGCCUGUUACAACAGUACAUUGUCCCAACUAGACGAGGUGAGAAAAUCUAACGAGUUAUGCCGUGAACAGCAAGAAAAUUUAUCCACACAACUUCAAGUUAUAUCAGAUUACAAACAGAAACUAGAGAAAAGCCUUAAAAACGAAAAAGCCGAACAUCAACAAAGCAGAAGCAAUUUAGAAAUAAAAAUCAAUGAGGAGAGAAGCAAAAGCCAAAAGUUGACCAAUGAUGCCUUAAUAAAAUAUAGCUCGUUACAGCAACAUUACAAGUUACUUGAAACGCAGCAUGACGAUUUUAAAGAAGAAGCCAGCAAAACACAAAAACAACAACUAGAAGAAAUCAACAGCUUACAGGCAAAACUAAAAGAAGUAGAAGAAGAAUUAAAGAAAGUGAAAGCCUCUAAAGAAAGCAUUAAGACUCAAUUAACAGAAUUAGAGCUCGAAAACACCCAAAUCAAUAAAGCUUUACAAAGGCUUAGCAAUAAUGAUUCUCAAAACACACUAAACUUAUAUGCAGACGAAUAUCGCAUUUUAGCUGAAAAAUACAACGUUCUCAAAACCAAGUGCGGCAUACCAGAAGAUGAAAUUGUAGCAAGCAAAGCGGCAGAUUUACCAAACAAACCCUCGGAAAAGUCGAAUCCGCUCCUACCUGAGCUGAAGUUGGCAGAAAACCCGAGUAGUUCAACGAAAACUGUCUUGAAGUCUGUAGGUGGUGCAGCAUUAAACGGGGCCAUUGCACCGAGCCCCACCCCGGAGUCCGUUAAGAAGGAGGCGAACCUGAAACCACCCCAGGGAGUGGUGGCACCGAUGGAGGUGCAAAAUAGCGAAGAUCAGAACGAACAGCCGCAAGUUCUUCCGCAACCUAAGCAUGUUGAUCGAGCGGAAGAUCCGGAAAAAGACAACGUAGCCCAAGAAGAAUUCGACGGACCUAUCGCGGGAAUGGACUAUGCUGAGGACAGCAUUAAGCAUGCGGUAAAUCUCGAGCAUAAAGAAAAUAGAGCUGACAAUAAGAAUCAGCAUGAGGAGCAGCAGUAUAAGGAUUUACAACAGGAAGAAGGUGGUGACGAUGAUGCGGAUUAUCCCGAUCGACCACCCAGACCAGAAGAAGUGGUAAUUCGAAAUUAGCACUUGAUACGGGACGACAUUUUUAAGUUGUAAUAUAUUUCAUUGGCCAUAUAUAAACACUAUGCAAAUAAAUAUGACUAAUACUGCCGUUACUAUAUUACGUUUGUGCAAUCUGAAGUUCACUUUAAUUAAGCAUAGGGAGCACUUUUUAUUAAUUAAGUGCCAUUGUUGAUUCUUAACUCCGAGUUAAUUAUUAACGUUAAAUUAUUACACUAACUUAGUUUAUCUCGAAUAUGUGCACUUGAAUAUGCGUUUUUUCUAGAUUGUUUUUAUACUCAUAUUUUAAUUAAGACUACCCAAUGUAUUAUAAAAAUAUAUUACGUAUUAAAUAU